GAGAGACACACACACAGAGAGAGAGACAGAGACAGAGAGAGACAGAGAUACAGAGAGACAAAGAGAGAGAGAGACAGAGAUACACAGAGAUACAGAGAGAUAGAGAGAGAGAGACAGAAAGAGAGAUAGAGAUACACAGAGAGCUACAGAGAGACAGAGAGAGAGAGAGAGAGAGAGAGAGAUACAGAGAGAGAGAGAGACAGAGAGAUAGAAAGAGAGCAUGAAAUGGGAGGUUUUGGUGUCCAGUUUCAGUUUCAGCCAGAGCUGUCUCACUAUGCACCUUGGAAAAUGAGCUACACGCAGGUAAGUGUCUUUAGAAAGCUAAAUAAAAGCAGGUAUGACAGAAAUUCGUUAGCCCUUAGACAUUCUGAGGGGAGACAUUAAUGGCGUUUGGGCUAACGGCUUUACGAUUCGCGCCACUAGCACGGAAGUCACGUGACUAGUUGUUCGAGACAACUGUGGCUGCGCUCCGAAAACGCAAAGUAUGAAUUCCUGUGCAUUUUAUUUAUGGAUUUAUAUUUGUUUUACGGAAGAGGCGAAUAAAGUCAUUGAUAAUCAACAAACUAUUUUUUAAAACCCUUAAUCCCAAAGAGAAAUACGCACAAAUUAUGUUAUAUCUCGAUAACAAACCCGGAAAGAUGCUUCGUGACGUUUAAAACCAGAGGAUCUGCUGACACUAGAUACUACACGGAAACUGAGUCGGCGCAUAACACUUUCAUCUCUUCCUGUUUCAUGCCUUCAACCGGCUUACAUUAUUCAACGAUGACGCUCAACUCUCUGGACCUUAAAAAGGGAUGGAUGUUCAUGUUGGACACCUGCGCUGAAUGGAGAAAAUAUUGGUUUGUGCUGGACAGCUCUGGGCUGAAAUACUAUUCCAACCCUGAUGCUGAGGAGAGGGAUGGGCCAGAUGGAGAAAUUGAUAUUUCACGCUGUCUAGAAGUGGUGGAGUUUGAAGCGGAUAAGAACUAUGGACUUCAGAUACAUAUGAGAGAUGGAGAAAUCACCCUGUCAGCCAUGACUUCCCGCAUCAGGAGGAACUGGAUCGACAUUCUGCAGGGACGCUUCAGAACCAGUGAAUCACCCGAUAACACACGCAGCGGCACUAAUCCCACCAACCAAAACGGCGGAACAUUCGGGUCCUCUCAUCCAGAUCGACACGAUUCAGGGUCAGAGCCCACAAGCCCGUCUCACGACGACCCAGACAUGAUGUCACUGCCCUCGACCAAUCACCGAGAGGCAGGCGUGGGCCGAGACACGGAACAGGAAAAGCGAUUAGGGGACAGGACUAAGUGGUUCCAGGAAGCCGUCUCGGACAGAGAAGCCGACAGCCCGUGGGACAAAGUCCAGCUGAAGAAGGGGGCAGUGGCUCGUGUUAUGCCGCAGAUCCCUGAAACCAUGACGGGGACGGACAUCGAGAAGAAGUGGGAGGAUUUCGAGAAGAUUCCUGUCGGGGAGAUGAGGUCUUUAUCUCUGAUUGGCUCCGACGCUCCACAAGGAACCCCUGAUGCGCUACAGACUGAGGUGGUGUCUCUGAGGCAGAAGAUCGAGGCGCUGCGUGAAGCCCGAGCCGGAUCUGGAUCUGCGGUUCCCUGCGGCCCGGGGUCGCCCUGUGCCUCCAGACUGGAAGAGUUGGAGAGAGAGUACUGUGAGAGUCUGCAGGAGAUGGAGAGAGUGCAUGAGAGAGAGAGGAGAGAGAUGGAGGCUCGGAGAGAGCAGAUGCUGAGGGAGGAGGCGCGCCACGCCGCACAAGCGAUAGAAGCUCUGAGAACGGCCCAUCAGGAGGAGCUGGAGAGAGUGAGAGGAGGAGUAAAAAACGACUCCACUGUAUCACAGUCCGAGUGUGUGUCUCUGCAGCAGGAGUUGGACGGUCUCUCGGAGCGUUACACUCAGAGGUGUGUGGAGCUGACUCAGUUACAGAACGCCACAGGACAGAGACACACGCUGAUGGAGGAGAGGCACAGAGAAGUGGAACAACUCCGCAAGGAGAACCAGGAACUGCAGGCACGUCUGACCGAGGAAAUGAGUCUCAUGCGAUCCUUCAUCACGGGUCAAAGGUCAGGGGUCGUCCCUGUCGGAAGCUACGAGCGCAGCGCCUCAGAACUGGAGAUGUUGUUGCGAGUGAAGGAGAACGAGAUCGAGUACUUACACAAGGAGAUCAGCUGUCUCAGGAAUGAGGUCCAGUCAUUAAUUAAGGAGAAGCUGGAUCUGAGCGAGCGUUAUAAAGCCGUGUACGUGGAGCUGUGUGGACUGAAGGGGCUAAGCGAGCGAGAGAUCAGCUCUCUUAAAGAACACCUCCGACUGACUAACGCCGCUCUGGAGGAGGAACAGCAGCACCAACCCAGACCUUCAACUAUUCAGACGUGAACAAAACUCAGACGCUCUCAAACUCAUCUCCUUGUUUGGCUUUGGAUGGUGCUGGAUGCUGAUUUGUUUUACUGAGGGAGAGAUGAGGUCCUUUCCAUGCUGGUUUUGUUUACCAGAAAAUAAAAAGAACAUGUAAAUCUUUCAUACGUCUUCCUUCGAAAGGUCUUCAAAGCGCAAUAAAUAGUGUUCAUUUAACUUCAAAUCAUAAUCUACAAAGAUGACAUAACUGUGCGACCUGUAGAUUUGCAUAAAGAUUUGUAAAACGUUGAGCAGGCUGUUUAUUCACUGCCCCACUGUCUCAUAUGACCGUUUCACUGAGGUCAGCUGUCUUUAUAUUUGGAUGCAAACUAGACUUCCAUGACUUUAACUACAUUCGCUGGCUGAUUGAAUAGAUUUGAGCUAAAAAGGUACAUUAUGUGUAUGUAUUGUUGUUGUUGU